AUGGCGGCGAGGUGCAAGGGUAUCGCCGGGGAGGGCAGCGCGGCGGCGGCGGCGGCGCCGCACGUCCUCGCGGUGGACGACAGCUCGGUCGACCGCGCCGUCAUCGCCAGCAUCCUCAGGAGCUCGCAGUUCCGCGUGACGGCCGUGGACAGCGGGAAGAAGGCGCUGGAGCUGCUGGGCUCGGAGCCCAACGUGAGCAUGAUCAUCACCGACUACUGGAUGCCGGAGAUGACCGGGUUCGAGCUCCUCAAGAAGGUCAAGGAGUCGUCCAGGCUGAAGGAGAUCCCCGUGGUGAUCAUGUCCUCAGAGAACGUGCCAACCAGGAUCAGCAGGUGCCUGGAGGAAGGCGCCGAGGAUUUCCUGCUGAAGCCCGUCCGCCCGGCCGACGUGUCGCGCCUGUGCCGCCGCGUCCUCCGAUGAGCGGCGGCGAUGGCGGCACGGCGUCUUUUGGAGGCAUGGGCUGAUGGUGGACUGGUUGUAGCCGCAGCGUUCCAAGUAGUGUGCUAGAAGAACUUGUAGGGCCUAGUUUCUCUUAGUCUUUUGUCGUCCUAGUUUCUCUUCUUAGUCUUUUGUCACCCUAGUGUAGUAGUGUGCUAGAAGAACUUGUAGAAGUUAUGGCAAGGCACCAUGUUUAGUGAUGUUUCUGUAACCCUGAAUGUUCAGUUAAUCUCGGUUCGGUAGAA